AUGAAGAUCUCCGUCCCAGCCAUGCUGGCUCUGCCAUUGUUCAUGGCUGGACUUGCGCACGCUUGGUCACCCGCAGGCGACUACAUGGCACCGCCAAAACGCUGGCUCCAGCCCGGAAAGCCCGCCGCCACCGAGACAGUGACUGUCACCGCAAAUAUCCACACGCCACUACCCUCCGGUGUCAGCGUCAUCACGAGGACAAUUCACGAAGUCGUUGAGGAGACAACAGUGACUCGCACCACUACUGUCUCGGCCACCGCAACCGACUACGCCUACAGAACAGGACAUGGACUCGUGCUCAGCACCGCGCCUCUUCGCUACGACGAUCUUCUCACCAACUACACCACCGCCUACAUGAUCAAGGUCGCUGAAGAAGUCGACGCCAUGAUCGUCGAGCUUUCCGAGGAGUACAACCAGCGACACGACAUGCACACUUUCCUGGCUAAGACCGAAGAGGCCAUUGAGCUCUUGCAUCAAUGCGCGCAGAUCCGCAAGGAGGUCGUGGCUCACAUCAAGCUGCACCGAGGUGACCGUCACGCCUUGAAACCUGGCUACACUGUCUUCCGGGCGGCCAACAACCUUCUAAGGGUGGUCGAUACUGGACUCGUCCCGUACCUCAAGCGCAUCGAAUACGGAGUAAACUCGCAGAGCCCUCUCCCCGAUUUCGGGAACACUUUGCAACAGAUCAAGGAGCAGAACGUGGAGCAUUGGACCGCUUUCGAGGCUUUGGGUGGAUUCGAUGACAAGACAUUCGCGGCACUCACCCAUGAGGAGAAGUUUUUGCUCUUCGUUACGAGCUACUUGUUCUUCUUGCUGAAGCUUGUAUGCCUCCCGGUCCUCAUAUCGUCGUCGUUCUCCAUGAUCUUGCUGGUCACAAUCAGCUACGCCGUGGACGCCGACAACAAAUCUCGGGUGCUCAUGGCGUGGAUCUCAACGAUCAAGGACAAGUUCAAGGCUGCUUUCCAGAAGGAGGCAGCUAAGGCCGAAGAAGUGAGCUCAGCAGAAACGAGCAUCGAAGUGAAAGUAGCUCGCAAGAGUGAGGACGAUGUUGGAGACUGGGUCGUGGUGGAGAAGAAGGAAUCGGAGGCAGCUGAGGUCGCCUUUAGUGGCUGA